UACGGCAAGAGCAUGCUGCCCCAACUACUGUGUGUGGAGGUCAGAGAAAUGACAGAACAGCAAGUUUCCGACGUAGACACGCUCGUUUUCUUAUGUAAAAUACACUUAAUGAUUUAAAAAAAUAGAAAAACAGACGCGUACGGUCAGUUAUAUUAUUACUAUUGUACUGCCGUUGUCUACCAACAGCUGAGUGUUGGCCAUCGUUGCAUCCUCACUAGCCGCGUAUUAGCCUAAGCAAGAUUUACUUUUAUUUUUAAAUUCCCACCACCCUACCAAGCAUGGACAACAACCCGCAAGGCUCCGGGGGGCUCAAGGCGAGUCUCGGUGGUCUCUUCGGAGGUGGAGCGCCGGAAUAUUCCAACACGGAGCUCGCCGGUGUUCCAUUGACUGGAAUGAGCCCUCUAUCCCCUUACCUAAACGUCGAUCCUCGCUACCUGGUUCAGGACACAGACGAGUUCAUUUUGCCUACAGGCGCUAAUAAGACGAGAGGAAGGUUCGAGCUGGCUUUCUUCACCAUUGGAGGCUCCUGCAUCACAGGGGCUUCGUUUGGUGCUUUAAAUGGCCUCAGAAUGGGUCUGAAGGAGACCAGAGACAUGGCGUGGUCCAAACCACGGAAUGUGCAGAUUAUCAACAUGGUGACCAGGCAAGGGGCUUCAUGGGCCAACACUUUGGGUUCUGUAGCAUUGUUAUACAGCGCCUUCGGGGUGGUGAUCGAGAAGGCCCGAGGAGCGGAGGACGACAUCAACACAGUCGCCGCCGGCACGCUAACGGGGAUGCUCUUUAAGGCAGCUGGCGGCCUGAAGGGUGUGGCCCGCGGGGGUCUGGCUGGUCUGGCGUUGUCCAGCGCCUACGCCGUCUACAACAAUUGGGACCACCUGACCGGAACGUCGUCCUCUCGGCUUUACUGAACUCCUCCUCGUCCUCGUCUGACAUUAGGGCCAAACUAUCUCCAAGAGGCAGCGGGCGGACUCUGGGAUGGAAGUGUGUGUUUGUGUGUGUAUGGCUGCAGGUCUGCGAGUGGAUCUUUCAAUGAUGGACUUUGCCUUACAGUCAGUGCUACUCUUGUAUUUAUUUCACGGGGAUCAUCAUUAGAAACUGUA